AGGUGGUUCGGCUGAUCCUGCCAGAGGACCAGAAGAUCAGCGUUACCACCAUCACAGUUGGCCUCAGCACCGUUCUGACGUGCAACAUCCGCGGGGCCCUGCGGCCUCCCAUCAUCUGGAAGCGCAACGGCAUCAUCCUCAACUUCCUCGACUUGGAGGAUAUUAAUGAUUUUGGAGAAGACGAUUCCCUCUACAUCACCAAGGUAACAACUAUUCACAUGGGCAAUUACACCUGUCAUGCCUACGGCUAUGAAGAGCUGUAUCAGACCCACAUCCUUCAGGUGAAUGGUUACCCAAUUAUAAGGGUCCACCCUGAGACGCGGGCGCGGGAGCCCGGCGUGUCGGCGAGCCUCAGGUGUCACGCCGAAGGCAUCCCCAAUCCCCGAAUUACCUGGCUGAAGAAUGGCGUGGAUAUCCUGCCAAAACUAUCCAAACAGCUAACGCUCCUAGCAAAUGGAAGUGAACUUCAUAUCAGUAGCGUUCGAUAUGAAGACACCGGUGCCUACACCUGCAUUGCUAAAAAUGAGGUGGGAGUGGAUGAAGACAUAUCUUCACUUUUCAUAGAAGAUUCGGCAAGAAAGACCCUUGCAAACAUACUGUGGCGAGAGGAAGGCCUCAGUGUUGGGAAUAUGUUCUAUAUCUUUUCUGAUGAUGGGAUCACAGUCCUGCAGCCAAACGAAUGUGAAAUCCGGAGACACAUCAGGCCCGAAGAGAGGAUUUUCACAAGUUAUGAAGAGAUCUGUCCUAGAGUGGAAGGUGAAGGCACUCAGUCCUGCCUCUGGGCUUCGGCGGUCAAUGUCAGAGACAAGUACAUUUAUGUGACACAGCCUAAGCAGAAUAGAGUAAUGAUAAUAGAUAUCCAGACUCAGAAAGCCAUGCAGUCCUUGGACGUUGACCCGUUACCGACCAAAUUACAUUAUGACAAGUCCCACGACCAAGUCUGGGUGCUUAGCUGGGGGGACAUGCGCAAGUCCUCACUGACGCUGCAGGUAAUACCAGAGGCAAGUGCAGGGGAGGAUCAGCACGUUAUCCGCGCACCGUUUGAAGGAGUGGAGGACUUUUUCAUACCGCCUACAAACCUUAUUAUUAAUCACGUUAGGUUUGGCUUCAUCUUUAACAGAUCGAAAUCCGCAGUUCACAAAAUCGACCUGGAGACUGUGACCCACAUCAAGACGAUCAACUUCAAGAACCGCAGCUGCCUCCCGCAGACCAUGGCUUACACCCACCUGGGUGGUUACUUCUUCGUCCAGUGUAGGAGGAGCAGGUCGGGGGCUGCGUCGCCGCAGCUCAUUAUUGACAGCGUCACCGACGCCGGCGACGUGUCGGGCACGCCUUACGUCUCGCCCGACGGACGCUACUUGGUCAGUGCCGACGAAGACAGCGGCAGGCUCAGAGUCCAGGUUUUCACCGUCCGAGGGGAAAUCGAGUUGAUUUAUGACUUACAAACGAACAUACACGUAUCUGAUCUGACAUUUCAACCCUCUUUCACCGAAGGCAAUCAGUACUAUAUAUACGCGACUUCGCAUUUGCAAACAGAUGUGCUUUUUGUAGAGCUGUCAACGGGGAAAAGAAAUGUACUGAAGAAUUUAAAGGACCCUAUCACAUCCAAAGACUGGCCCUGGAGCAGCUACAACAGAAUUAUGAAAGACAGUGGGUUAUUUGGACAGUAUCUCAUUACACCAGCUAAAGAUUCAUUGUUUGUUAUAAACGGGAGGCAAAAUACGUUACGCUGUGAGGUUUCAGGUAUAAGGAGGGGUAACACAGUGGUCUGGGUUGGAGAGGUAUGAAAGGGCAGUAGCAGUAGAGCCUUUGGCGGGCGAGUACCGGUUGGACCUUUACACUGCAGCAAACGAGCAGUAGCAUUGUAUAUUUUUACA